CUUACUGCACCUUACUAAAGCCCUUCCCACGUGCCGUCAAUACGAGUACUCAGAAUUCUUAUUUAAUCUAGCUGGAACAAAAAGAAUUGGCAGAAACCUACGAACAGGAGACGAGAGCAAAGAUCCAUGAGGAGCCAUGCUUCAACUGUUGCUACUCUUUGGGUUUUUCAGCCUCGGUGUCUGUCUCCAUCGUCAGUAUCACUUCAUUAAUGAGAAGAAGACCUGGGCUGAAGCACAGAGAUACUGCAGAGAGAAUUAUGAUGAUUUAGCCAGUAUUAAUAACACUGUAGAAGAACUGGCCCUUACUAAUUUAGUAGACAUCUGGAACAGCAGGCGAACCUGGAUUGGACUGUAUGAUGAUCUGAGCAGCUGGAAAUGGUCUCUGGAUGAUGAUUCUUUCUACAAGGAAGGAGAGAGAAGCUUUAGAAACUGGUAUAUACAGAAACCAAUGAACCGGUAUGGAAACAGUUUGUGUGUAUACUUAUCAAGGCAUGAUGGAACAUGGUCGGAGGACUCUUGUUCCACAACACGUCUGUUUAUUUGCUUUGAUGGCAGAGUUAUUGCCCGUGAAAGAUAUGUCCUGGUUACUCAGUACAUGAAAUGGACUGAAGCUCAGAGAUACUGUAGAGAGCAUUACACAGACCUGACCAGUGUGAGGAACGAGACUGAGAACCAGAAGAUUAAAUCAUUAAUAUCUGAUAAUAUGUAUUAUGACAGUUUUUGGCUCGGCCUGUACAGAACCAGGUCUUGGUCAGAUAAAAGCAACUCCUCUUUCAGCAACUGGAAACGUAGACAACCAGAUAAUUAUGCACAGAAUGAAUCCUGUACUGCCGUGUCAUUUAAUGAUUCUGGGAAAUGGACAGAUGAAAACUGCGGUCAAGCUUUUCCAUUCCUCUGUUACAGCACAAUGUCAUCAUCAUCCUCUCAUCAUUAUCACUUUGUUAACGAGAAUAAGACCUGGACUGAAGCACAGAGAUACUGCCGAGAGAAUUACACUGACCUGGCUACCAUUGAUAACAUGGAGGAAAUGAACACACUCCUUAACACAGUAAAUGGCAGCUACUCAGGUUUAGCCUGGAUUGGACUGUAUGAUGAUCUGGACAGCUGGAGAUGGUCUCUGGAUGAUGAUGCUUUCUACCAGGAGGGAGAGAGAGACUUCAGAGGGUGGGACCAGCAACCUGAUAAUGACAAUGGACAAGAGCUGUGUGUUUAUAUGAGUUCUGAUGGAACAUGGUCUGAUGGAGACUGUAGAGCAUCUUUCACUUUUGUUUGUUAUGAUGGAAAGAAUGGAACAGAUAAUUACACAUGGAUAAACCAGCACAAGUCUUGGACAAAAGCUCAGCAUUACUGCAGAGAGCAUUACACAGACCUGGCCAGUGUGAGGAAGCAAACAGAUAAUCAAAGAAUCCUGAAUGUCACAGGUGACUCUGCUUCUUGGAUUGGUCUAUACAGAACCAGACUCUGGUCAGACAAACAGGAAUCCACAUAUGAAAACUGGAGACCAGCCACCACUGAACAGCCAGAUAAUGGUUUAUAUACUCAGUGGGAAUACGGUAAUCAGCACUGCACUGCUGUAUCAUUCAGAGAUUCAGGCUACUGGACAGAUGAGAACUGCUUCGCCACAUUCCCUUUUAUCUGCUAUAACAAAUCCUGCACAGGAUCCUCAUGUUCCCUCCAUCAGUAUCACUUUGUUAAUGAGAAUAAGACCUGGACUGAAGCACAGAGAUACUGCCGAGAGAAUUACACUGACCUGGCUACCAUUAAUAACAUGGCGGAAAUGAACACAAUCCUUAACACAGUAAAUGGCAGCUACUCUGGUUUAGCCUGGAUUGGACUGUAUGAUGAUCUGAACAGCUGGAAAUGGUCUCUGGAUGAUGAUUCUUUCUACAAGGAUGGAGAGAGAAGCUUUAGAAACUGGCAUAUAAACAAACCAAGCUGGUACUGGAAUGAAAGCAGUUUGUGUGUAUACUUAUCGGGUUAUGAUGCAAUAUGGGGGGAGGCCUCUUGCUCUUCGACACUUCCAUUCAUUUGCUUUGAUGGUAGUGUGAAUGCCAGUGAAAGACAUGUCCUUGUUUAUGAGAAGAUGACCUGGACCGAAGCUCAGAGAUACUGCAGAGAGCAUUACACAGACCUGACCAGUGUGAGGAACGAGACUGAGAACCAGAUG